AUGGGCGCCCUCACGCUGCUGGUGCUGCUGGGCGGCACCUCGGCCUGGACGACCCUCUCUCGCGCGUCCGGCUGGCGGGAGCGGCCGAGGGCAUGCGCGCUCCGCGCCACGCUGCCUUCACCAUUCCCACCUCCCGGCCUUCCGUCAGCCGAGAGCGGGCUCGAGUACCAGGCGAGCGCCUUCCCGCUGCGUGUGAUGGUCUUCGUCGACGGAUCAUGGCUCUACUACUCGUUCCAUGGCCGCCGCCCAAACUGCCCCGUGCAGCAGCGGUACGGAGACGGGUGGGCCUUUUCCAACUCGGUCGCGUUUGAUCGGCUGCCGUACCUGAUCUCGCAGCACAUCCACCAGCAGCUGCUGCGCCGCUACGGCACGCGCCGCUUCGUCGAGAUCACGCGCACGAUGGUCUUCACGUCGUACCGCGCCGACACGCACCGCCGCUCGCUGCGCAUGAGCAUGUUCCGUCAGAUGGCGGCGGCGGGCUUCGAGGUGCACGUGCGCACGACCACCGGCCUGCAGGAGAAGUGCAUCGACAUCUCUCUCGCCGUAGAGAUGAUGCACUACGCCUCCAUCCCGGGAGCCUACGAUAUCGCGGUGCUUAUCUCGGGCGACAAGGACUUCAUCCCCGCGAUGAGCCGCAUCCGACAGAAGGGGAAGAGCGUCGCCCUUUGCUCGAUGCGCAACUGCUGCUCGCGCGACCUGCUCGACCCGAACGCGCACGCGCCCUCCAUCUCGCCCGACGCGCCUCGCUCGCCUGCUGGCCUCGCCCUCCUCCGCGUCCUCUCCGCCUUUUUGCGCGCGAACGGCGGCGCCGCGCGCUCGCGCGAGAUCGGACGCUUCCUCCGCAGCUCCGCCGUGCCUGUCGACGUCACCGAGCAGCCGCCCCCGCCCGGCACACUGCCCGGCGACGCCGCUCCGCCUCCCGCGGCUGCGGCUGCGGCGGGCGUUUCGUCGACGGGCGAUGACGCGUUGCAGCUGCUCAAGCGAACCUUCGGGUCGCUGACCGCGUUCGCGCAGGCGUACCCGCAGACGCUGGAGAUCCGCCGCCGCGAGGACGGGGCGGCGGAGGCGGACGGUGCGGCGGGCGAGGGCGGCGGAGGCGGCGAGCGGCGGGCGCGCGAGUUUGAGCUCGCUUUAGUGGCGGAGGCGAGCGAGGCGGAGAUGCGCGGCGAGGAGGCGAUCAUGGCCGCCAAGAGCGUGGGCGAGGAGGAGGAGGCGGAGGGCGACGACGACGAGGGCGACGACGAGGGCGAGGAGGGCGAGGGGGGCGAGGAGGAUGAGCUGGGUCGAGAGCUGGGCGGCGCGAUCGCCGCCGGCGAGCGAGGCAGCCCUCUUGGAGGCAGCCCUGUGGGAGGCGCUCCAUCGGGUGGGGAGGCGGGCGGCGCGGCGGGCGGCGCGGCGGGCGGUGCGGCGGGCGGCGCGGGCGGCGCGGGCGGCGCGGGCGGCGCGGGCGGCGCGGGCGGCGCGGGCGGCGCGGCGGGGAUGGAGUCGUUGCUAGCCGUCCAGGCCGCCGCCGGACACAGCGCGGAGGCCUCUCCGCAGUGGCCCGCCGCGCCGAACCCGCUCGAGGCAGCGUGGCCCGCCCACCCUCUCACCUCGCCGCCGCCCCUCUCGCUCUCGCCGCACGCGCGCGGGCCGCCCAUCGGAGGCACCAACCCGUCCAGAGACGCGAGGCUACCCGACGCGCCGGCUUGGAGUUUCGAGCGGAGGCCCGCGCGGGCAGCGGCCCAGCCGGCGGCGCAGAGCCCGCCCGCAGCCGGCUCGCUCGGAGGCGAGGCCGUGCCGGGCGAGGGGGCGCUAGUUGGCGCGGUGAGAGACCACCUGCUGCAGCACGGCGGCGUCUCGAGCUCGCGCGAUGUGGGGCGCAACCUCGCGGCGGUCGGCCUGCUGAGCGUACUCAAGGAGCGGCAUGCCGGCCUGUACCACUUCCUGCAGGCUCACUCCGCCGACUUUACGGUCGAGAUGCCGUCGGACCGCUCCUCGGGUGCGCUCGAGUACAAGGCGCGAGGGCGGUGGCGGACCGGCGGUGGGAGCUGGGGCGUUCGCUGA